AUGGCCUCGACAUUUCUCCUUCUCAAGAACAAGACUGUCGCCAGGGACAAAUACCAGCUGUUGUUCGAGCAGUAUUUUUGCCCUCGCAGUGUGGGCUUCUUGCCCUUGAUCCAACAUGUCUACAUUGCCAAUGACUGUCUCUGGAGCUAUCUCCUCUGCGACGACUUUCUUGCUGGUGCUCUUGCUAUUGUGAUAACCAGCCAGAGAGCUGUGGAGGCUAUCCAUGAAGCGAUUGCAACUCACUCCUUGUCCUACGACAGCAGGCUAGAGACUGUGUUCAACAAGACAGUCUAUGCUGUGGGGCCUGCGACAGCUGAGUUGCUUCAUACCUGUGGCUUUAAGAACAUUAAAGGAGGAUAUGAUGCUGGAAACAGCGACGUUUUGUCUGACAUUGUCAUUGAUAACGAGUCCCUCAGGAGCGAUUACAAAGAGAAGAAUGUCGUCUUCUUUACUGGAGAAAAGAGAAAGGAUAUAUUGCCUAAAAAGCUUCGGAAGUUUGGCUUCAAUUUGAUUGAAUAUGUCGUUUACAAGACCAUACCAAUUUCCCCAGAAAACACUUCGAGAGAAUUCAACCACUAUGUUGAUUGCAAUAUCAACCAUUCUCAUCCAAACACAGACCAUUGGUUCAUCUUCUUUUCACCCCAGGGUGUUUCAGAAAUAUUGGACUACUUGAAAAAUAACCAAAAUAAAAACUUCAAAAUUGCUUCCAUUGGCCCAACAACUCAAAUGUUUUUACUUCAAAAUGGGAUACUGCCUCAUGUCAUUGCUCCAAAACCUGAACCUGUUUCUCUUUGUCAGUCAAUACAAGAAUACAUUCGUAACCAGUGA